AUGGACACGGCCGCGCGCCGCCGCGGCGUCCUCCCACUCCUCGUCACGGGCCUUCUGCUCGCCCUCGCGCCGAUGGCCGCGCGCAGCCGUGGCCCCUCUGCGGGAGCACCGGCGACAACUACACGGCCAACAGCACCUACCAGUCCAACCUCGCACAGCUCGCCGCGGCGAUCCCCGCGAACGCGUCCCGGUCGGGGAACCUCUUCGCCACGGGCAGCGUCGGCGCCGUCCCGGACAUCGUCUACGCUCUGGCCCUCUGCCUCCUCCUGCGGGGACUGCGUGACCACUGACCACGGCGUUCAAGGACGCGCAGCAGCUGUACCCUUACUACAAGGACGCGACGGUGCUGUACGACCUCUGCUACCGGCUCUUCUCCAACCAGAACUUCCUCACCUCCACCAGCAACGGCAACCCCAUCAUGCUCAGAAACACCCAGAACGUAAGCUCGCCGGUGCGAGCUUUCGAGGCCGCAGUCGGCGUGCUUCUCAACGCCACCGACGACUACGCGGCGGCGAACUCGUCCAGGAGGUUCGCUACGGGGUAGGAGGGCUUCGACACCAGCAACCCCACCAUCUACGGGCUCACGCAGUGCACGCCGGACAUUUCGCCCGCCGACUGCCGGAGCUGCCUUGGGAGCAUAAUCGCGAUGGUGCCGCAGUUCAGAGGGAGCCGGGGCGGGAGGGUCAUCGGAUUGCGGUGCAAUUUCAGGUAUUCAGUUGCAUACACUUGAAUACAUCUGGGCCCGCCCCUGGGGGCGACAGACAACUCACGGGAGCGCUUGGGGAUCCUCCCCGGCCACGAGAUCUCGGCGCGGGUGAGGGUGUUGAUCGACAUCCGGGUGCCGGUGCACGCAGCCCGGGCGGGGCACCCACGAGCCUUCACGAGGGAUUCCCUCUUUGGCUGGGGCUCAGGCGGCCGGUGCCCAGGUUUCGUGACCGGGACGACAAACAUGGGGGUGCCGAACGACCCGUCGUCGAGCUGCGCGCUGCCCAAGAGCGGUGGUGCAAGCGCGAUAGGGAGAUUCGCGCAUGGGAGAAGAAGAUCCGCGAGAGCGCGAGGCGCCGCCGUGCGCACCGUGACGCGGGGUUGCCAUCCGAUGAGGAUGAGGAAGAUGAAGAGGACGGAGAGGAUGAGAACGAGAGGGGGAGUGAGGGUAUGCCCGUCCUCGACUUCCCAUUUAACCAUAAGCUCUCUCGUGAUCCCCUGGUCGCCCUUCCCAACCCCCUUCCCCCGACCUUUGACAACGGGGAGGUCGGGAUCGGAUCGGAGGGAGGCGGGAGCGCGGCCCAAGCGUGGGAUCGGGCAUCCCAGAAAUGGGCUGCCGACGACUCGGGCGCUGAAACGAGCAUGAGGCACGUCUGGUCCCAUACCAAUCGAGGAGUUGAUCGGCCUUCCUCGUGCUCGGACGGCCGUUACUCUGGGAGAUCGCGGUCACCCGCCGGCCAGGGUCGCGAUUCGGGAGCCCCCAAGCAGCUGCCGCCAGCGCCGCCUGGCGCUCCACCCCGCACGGCAUGGAGGUUAGUGUCCCACCCCUCUUCGGAUGGCAGAUCGAGCUCGGAGGGUGGCGACCGCCAACCAGUCGUGAAUGAGGCUCCCGAUGCCGGUGGGAGCUCUGUACCGGCCCAGCGACCUAGCGCCGACGCACCGCGUUCGGCGAUGGAAAUUGUGCCGGCAGGCGCGGCGAUAGCACCGCCACCCCUGGCGUCGGAGGAUGCAGCGGCCGUGGCCCCCCUGCCAAGGUCGGAGGCAACAGUGGCGGCCCUACCUCCUCAGGAGCCUAGGGACGCCACCGCGGCCUCCCAACCGGUGCUAGAGAGAGAAGGAAGGACCGGUUCCCCUCAUAUAGGCCAAGGACCGGGCAACAAUGCUGAGAAAAGGAGGGGGUCGUGGCGUGGUCAGGGGCGGUCUUGUGCCAAGGGACUUCCCUGUCUCUUGGGCGGUCGUGGGGUUCGCAUGCCCUGUAUGGUUACUCCUGUGCGGUGUGGGCCGCUUACGCAUGGCCUGGCCUGCUCCGCGGCGUGCCCCGUCCCAUCCGCCAACCCCAUGGCAGUGAACGGGAUGGAAGCUGCCGCUGAUGUCCGUACUGGAGAUGAGUGGGUUGUCUUGAAUCCCUUCCCGGGGUCUUGGUACUCUGAUUGUGAUACAGCUUUGAAAGAGUGA